UCGCCAUGGUUCUGCCCAUCAAGCUUCUCUUCGUCCCUGCCACCGUGUUCGUCUCGGCCCUCAUCAUUUUGUCCUACUUCACCAGCGUGCCGUACCUGAGCUACUCCGACCUCCCCUACUACGGGUCCUACUUCUCGCGGAUCCCGAAGUGCGACAUCUUCCAGGGCGAGUGGGUCCCGGACGCGGACACGCCGCCGCACUACACCAACGAAACGUGCUCCUACAUCCAGGAGCACCAGAACUGCAUGAAGUACGGCCGGCCGGACUUGGAGUUCCUGAGGUGGCGGUGGCAGCCGAGCCGGUGCGACCUCCCGCGGUUUGACGCCGACAAGUUCUUCCGGCUCGUCGGGAACAAGACGCUCGCGUUCGCAGGGGACUCACUCGCCAGGAACCACAUGCAGUCCCUACUCUGCCUCUUGUCCAAGGUGGCGUCGCCGAAGGAGUUGACCGAGAGGACAGACCCCAUCAAGAUAAUGCACUACGAGCGCUACAACUUCACCGUAAAAAUCAUCUGGUCUCCGUUCUUGGUGAGGACGGAGGAGCCGGACAACAACUCCGGUGUGUUCAAGCUCUACCUCGACGAGCCCGACGGCAGGUGGUUGUCCGGCGUGGCCGGGUUCGACUACGUGAUCCUCUCGGGAGCCAACUGGUUCACGCGCCAGUCCAUGUUCUACGAGAGGGGGCAGCUCGUCGGCGGCAGCUUCGUCGCGCUCAAUAUCACCAGCAACCUCACGCUGCGCUACUCCCACCGGAUGGCGUUCCGGACAGCGCUUCGGGCCAUCAACGAACACGGCAGCGUGAAGGCGAAAGUCAUCGUGCGGACGCUGUCGCCGAUGUCUCACUUCGAGGGAGGGUCGUGGGACAAGGGCGGGGACUGCCGCCGGAAGCAGCCGUACCGGAGCAACGAGACGACGAUGGGUGACCUGGACCUCGACUUCUACACGGGGCAGGUGGAGGAGUUCAGGGAGGCGGAGAAAGCGGCCGCGGUGGCGGGAGUGGACAUGGUGCUCAUGGACACGACGGGCCCCAUGCUGCUGCGGCCGGACGGACACCCGAGCAGGUACGGGCACUGGCCGGAAGAGAAGCGGGUACUCGCCAACGACUGCAUCCACUGGUGUCUGCCCGGGCCGGUCGAUGCGUGGAACGACAUGUUGCUUCAAAUCAUGUCAGACUAGCAAACACACAGAGGUUUGUUACUGUACUUACUAGUACCUGGCUUAGUUCAGCGUCGCCUCAAUACGGAGUGUCCGUGUAAUCCAGUGGACAUGGUUGACUUGAGCCCGAGCACUGGAAUUUUGUUCCUUCAGAUCGAUCAGGCAGACGCAUUUUAUCAUAGAGUAGUUUUUUCUUCUUCUCAGGGUCAUUUUAUCUAAAAUGCUACACUUACGGAUAGCACCCACGGAUUGGACUUACAGACUCAUGUUCCCACAAAUCAGCUUCCCCUCAGAUUUCUAGUGGUGGGCCCAUCUGUCUUUGAUUUCUAAUCACUUUUUGACAACCCAUCCCGUAACUUGAUUUCCGUAGAAACCGUCCGUCAUUUUAUCAUAGUUGCUGCUGCACCUGUAACUUUGCAAUUGCAAGUUCCAAACCAAAGAUUUACGUGCUUAGGCUGGUCAUAGUGGGAGUAACUUAGCUAGUAACAUAGCGCAGUCUAAGACAAAUUUGCUUAUGUGGCAUGUAUUUAAUGAGAAGAGAUGUGUUUAGAGUAACAUAAUAUGUUCCUGUUACUCUCCACUAUGACCAGCCUUACAACUUACACGGUGUUACCGCUUUUCUCCUCUACUCCUCCCGACAAGCGACUCCUACCCGACUAGGGAUUCUCCGCCUCCA